AUGAAAAUGGUGGAAGCGCGGGACGCAGUUUGACAGUUUAUUGUUUUUAGCAUAGUUCCUUUUUCCAACAUUGUUUUGAUGAUUUUUUCCGAAAGUCUGUAAAUUCUUGCAAAGUUAAAGUGACAACACAGCUACUGUCUGACCACGCUUCUCUUUUUCCUAGACCGUACAGCAUUAACCAACGAUGAAUUCUGCAGAGUCAAAGUUUUCCCACCUGCUACAGCCCAUUCUGGACCUCACCAAGAACUGGGAUGUUGAUCUGGCUGCCCAACUUGGGGAAUACCUAGAAGAGCUGGAUCAAAUGAUUAUCUCGUUUGAUGGAGGAAAGACAGUGAUGAACUUCGCUGAAGCAGCACUGUUAAUUCAAGGUUCUACAUGCAUCUUUGGCAGAAAGGUGGAACUACUUCACAGUUUGGUGUUUCAGACUUUGGACUGCAUUUCCAACAAAAAACAAAGGUCUGAUAAACAAGGCUUAGCAUCUAGGGAUGGUGUUACAGAUGGCACCGCUGCAGACAAUGAAAGAGAUUACUGUGAGUUUGAUGCAGUGGGGGUGGAGCCAAGCACUCAUCAUGUGGAGAUGAAAAGUGAUCCAACUGAGCCGGUGAGGAUUGUCCAGCUCCCUCCUGAAUCUCUGAUUUCUGCAGAUGCACUUGAAAAACAGGACUUUCCUCUCCUCAGUGUUAAGGGAGAGGUUCUUGGCAGCUAUAAGGAUUUUCACAUCAGCAACUUCAUGCUGGAUGCACUGGGCAUCAUUUGCCAGGAUGUAGGUUCCUCUGAUGUUCACAUUCUCAAAGACACAUCAGUAAUUCAUCCAGAAGGCAGGCCAGAUGAGAUUGUUGGUAAUGCUGGUGUUUAUUGUGAAAAUGGUGAUGGUGGCUAUGGUGGUGAGGAGAUUCUUCCCUUGAUGGACAAUGACAUGGAGGUGGAACCAGAGCCUGAGGAGCACGUGGAAAGACAGCAGAUAGAGGCACCCAGUGAGAGGAGAAUGCUAAGGGAGAGACCUGCAGUGCAGCCAGUUGCUGAGGAGCCCAAACAGCUGCAGGAGGCUAUGAAUCCUUGGAAAUGGCAUGACCCAUAUGAGAAUAUAGGCGAGAAUAAACCGCUAAACACAGGCAAAUGCUACAAUGUGCCUGCUGGGCUAGAAGAAUCAGGAAAAAGAAAACGGAAAGGUCCCUCCAAACUACAGGACUUUUGGGGCUGGUGUACUAGUGCUUACGAGAGCACAGACCGCAAGCUAAAGAAUGGGCCUUUUUAUCCUGAAUUUAAUUACAUCUACCUAAGCAAGAUGGGUCAGCGUCUGAAAGUGAGGAAGAAGGUCCUUAGGAAGACGGGUGUGUACGUGUCUGAUGAGGUGUUAAAAAGAACGUACUUGGAACCAGAGAAGCAAGAGGAGCAAGAUGAGGUGUUUCGACAUGGCGAAGAGGAUGGUGGGGACUUCUCAGAUCAUGAAAAUGAGAACUUGGUUGAUCAUGGACCUGAGGACAUUAACGGUGAACACGACCCAGUUUUUACUGAUUCGCAAAUGGGCCGGAUCAGUUAUGAGGACUUGGUCAAAAAGAGUGUGGAGCUGUUCUUAGCCAACUCACAGAAGUACAUUCAGGAAACAGCUCUGUCUCGCAGGGUAAAGGACUGGGAGAGUGAAAUCAACCCUCGGCUCAGGGCUCAGGAGGAACGUCUGGUUUUUGACAUCCAUGACUAUGGGGACAGGAUUGUAAAUGCUCUUGGUGCUAUUGGGGUGAAGCGAUCAUUUGCAUCUCUUGUUGAAGGCAUGGAAAACACAGAAGCCUGCAGAUACAUGCUAGCUUCUCUUCAGCUGGCCAACGACUACACAGUAGAGAUUGGUAGAAAAAGUGGACUUGAAGAGAGCAUAGAUACCAUGGAGCUAACAUUGCUGUCCAAACACAGGGUUCACGAACAGAUCAAGCAUUACAGCAACACGGCUGAGCAGGAUCUUCAGUGACCUUUCACAAGGCUUGGACCACUUUCUAAAUGACAGUAGUUUAACACUAAAAAAGACACAAUGUCUUUUAGACAAUGUGUCUUUUUUAAGUGGUCUAGUUUUGGAUGCAUUUAUGAAAUUGGUAAAUUCUAUACUUGUUGUAAAUUAGGCUUCCUGUUUAGUCCAGGGUUGGGUUAGAAGUUACUGUCCGGGAAAGAACAAUUCUAUGUCUGUAUCAUUCUGUCUGUCUGUCUGUCUGUCCAAUUUUAAUGUGCUGCCACUGUCUUUUUCUUAUGUCUUGCACAUUACUACUCUUUUUAUAGAUUUUUUUUUUUUACAGAGGACUGCCUCCUACCUACAUAAAGCAUCAUUUCUCAAGCUACAUUAGGUUUGAACUGAAAAAUGUAAUGUUUCUGUUAUCAUAAACAGACAAUUACCUUCAAA